GCUGUGAGGACGGCGUGAAUCCUUCUCCUCCCAGUUUUCUGCGACGGUUCAGAAAUGGCUAACCUUUUCUGCAGGCAGGAAGUGGAGGGCACUCUGACGGCUGCUCUGCAACAAGACUGGGAGAAAUCAGAGGUUUGUUCAGUGGGAGUGACGGAGGUGUGACCCUGGAUUAUAACAACUCCUAGCUGAGCUGUCAGCCUUGUUCUUGAUGCGACCAGGCAAGCUGCAGUGACUCCCGUUCCAGUGGCUCUGUUGGAGGAUGGCCACUGCAGCAGAGGACCCCCACCUGGGCUCAGGUCCAGAUGAUGAUGAAACAUCAGGACUGGACUCUGACUCUGACAGCAUCCUCUCCGACGACUCCGUGCUCCCUGACCCCACGCAGGAGGCAGCCAACAGCAGCGCCGCUAACACCUUGUACGAGGCCUGCGCCCGCAACGACGCCGCCGCUCUGAAGAAAGUCCUGGAGAGAGGGGUGACAAAGGAGGAGGCGACGGAGCUGGACAACAACGGAUGGAACGGCCUGAUGGUGGCUUGUUGCAAAGGGUUUCUUGACAUUGUGCACGGGCUCCACAGUUGUCCCUUUAUAGACAUAAAUCACCAGGACAAUGAAGGCAACACAGCCCUAAUGAUUGCAUCUCAAGGAGGUCAUGUAUUCACCGUGAUGUAUCUCCUAAACUACUACCCUGGAGUGGACACAGAAAUGAGGGACUGCAGAGGCUUCACAGCCCUCAUCAAAGCUGCCAUGACUGGCCGCUGCGACGUGGUCGCUGCUCUUGUUAUGGCCGGGGCUGAUGUAAACGCAGUGGACUCUUUCCGGGGAAAGUGUGCUCGGGACUGGGCUCUGAAAACAGGUCGCUAUGAGACCUUUCAACGUAUUCGUCGCCUCGCGAUGCGGCCUAAAGCCGAGCAGUUCUGUGAAAGCUACAUCCCAGAGUGGCCCGAGCUCAUGGGCAGAGUUGCCAAAGCCACAUCUCAGAAGAGUCCCGCAGAGAAGAUCACGCUGCGGAUCAAAAACAAGUUUGGGUUCAGCUUUCCACGUGACCCCCAGGACGACGGGGUCAUAGACCACAUGGUUCGCAUGACCACCAGCAUCCGCUGUCCUCUCAUUGUGACUGCGUGCCACCCGCUGUGCCCCACCAGCCCACCGGAGGUGGGGAAGAGAAGGCUUGCGGUGCCGGAGCUGGUGAAGAAACAUCCACAGAAGGAGCUGGAAGACGGCUCAGUGUGCCACAGCAACGGCUCAGUCUCGCACGUCCUCCCCUCGAUCCACUCUGCAGAGACAGUGGCUUUGACGUGCUGCCCCGACACCGAGAGGAGAGGGAGCAUCCUCUCAGUGGCCUCCAACAAGGUGGCCACAGCGUUCAUCCCCCGAAGCUUGGCGAGGCGCAACAGCGUCUUCCCCUCAGGGUGCAUUCCUCAGAUCAACGUGGACAGGCCUUCAGACCCGACGCCGAAGAAAGAAAAGAAGAAGAAGAAAAACAAGAGCUACCUGGAGCCGCCUAUGUGGAAAUACAAGGAGCACAGGGAGGAGAAAAAGAAGGAGAAGAAAAAUGCUGAGAAAGAAAAGGAAGGGAAGGGGAGCAAAAAGGAUAAGGACAGCAGGAAGACCAAAAAUUAGAAUUCCUGCUUUUGGUAACAUUUUCUUCCAGUGUACUUACAACUUGUUCGAUCCAAGUAAUUUUAAAAACAAAUCUAUAUUAAAAAAACUCCAAAGCACUCUCUUCUAAAAAAAAAAUAAUUAUUCAGAAUAUACAAAGAAAAACCUGAAAUAUAAGCAAGAAGGCUCAUGUCUGAACUUGAUUUUUUUAGAUCAAAUGCACCAAUAACAGCAUUUUAGAUUGUUGUUUUGUUUCUGUUUUUUUUUUUUUUUUUGUCUUUUCAAGAAGCGUGUGCCUUGGAGUUUGUGGACAUUUCAAGUUCAUGUCUGUCCCAUCCAAAGAAUAAUUUUCUUUAAAAUGAAAACUGAAGCCCAUGAAACACUCCUUCCACACAAACAUCAGCUGAAGAACAUUAUGGCAAGAUUUUGUUCUAACGUCAAAAUCAAGUGCUAAAACUUACCAAAAUACUUCAAAUGUAUUAAACCGUUACACUUUAGUACCAAAAUACAAUGGCCUUUUUUAUAUAGCAACAUUUAACCUUUUUUGGUAUUAGUGAACUCUUUGUAAAGAAACAUAUUAAUUUAACGUAUAAGACCCAUAAUCACUAAUUCAUUAACAGGUUCAGUGCCUACCUCAACGCCCAUUUAAUAAAGCCAAGAGGCCACAGAUAAGGUGUUUGCUUAUAUCUCAGUGGUUAUCUGCAAUACAAGUUGUAACCAUAGAAGCGUGAUUAUUGUAUGUUAUCAUUACUGCUGUGUAAUACAAACGUAUUGAAUGUUUUUCUUUUAAGGUACAGUGCUGUGCAAAAGUAUGCAAACAACUCAAGUAAAAACCACAAACCUCAGAGGAUUUUGUUGGAAUCGGACGGAAGAGACAAAGGAGCCACAAUUCAUGAGGAGGGUGGAAAGUGACACUUGGUUUCCAAAAUUUGAAGUAGAUAAAAAUCUGAAAAGUGUGGCGGAAAUUUGUGUUCAGCUCUCUUUACUCUGAUACCCUUAAAUAAAAUUUUAUGGCGCACGCUGUCUUCAGAAGUCACCCUUUAGCUAAUGUAAAGUAUUUUCUCUAUAAACACGACAACUCUGUGAUAACCUCAGGCGUUUGUCAGAGAAUAAUCCAAUCCAUGUCCCAUUGGCUGCUUUAUUUCACAGCAAGUCUCACUGAAAAACAAAGCAACAUUUAAGUAGAGCAUGGCAUGUCACUGAACGCAACAGCUGCAACCAACGGGGGCUUGAAAUCCAACAAUUUUUAAAGCACAUCAGGUGCUGAUGAGCCUUAAAUCCAUGACUUGAAGAUCAAAAUAAAACCUCAUUGAGAAAAUGCUAAAAACGCAUAAAACCACAGUUGCCAUCAGUAGUUAAAAACAUGUAAUGUCAGCCAUAAGUCCAACUAACGUGCCCAAACAAAGGGGAACCUGCAGGAUCGUGGGGGUAAAAGGUGUAACUCAGACAGACCAGCUGGCCAGGGAGAAAUGCAAGAAGUCCAAAGCAAGGUUAGAUAAUAAAAUAACCAAAGUAACACUACAUGUGACAGGGAUCCAACAACGCACAUCUUCCUGAACAGGACAUUGUACAGUAAAACACGGUGGUGGCGGCGGCAUCAUGCUGGGGGGAUUGUUUGUCUUUAGCAGGGAAAUGGAAGCUGCUCAGAGUUGAUGGGUAGAUGGAUGAGCUAAACACAAUAACCCUAAACAUCCAGCAGAGCCACAGUGGGAUGCGUAAAGCAUAUUCAUGUGCUAGAAUGGCCUAGUCAAAGCCCAGAGAAAUAUAUUUGGAAAAUCUGUGGACUUUAAAAAUAACAAUCAAGAAACACACUCAUUUGUGCAUAUAAGGUCUGGGUAUGGCCCAAAAGCCUUGCAGAGUAGGUUACACAAAACCUGAUUAAAAAUACACUUUUCAUAUUUUUAUUAUAAUUAUUGGUCUAUCACAUAAAACCCCAAUAAACACAUUGAAGUUUGUGAUUGUAAUGCGACAACAAAAGUAGAAAGGUUCAAAGGGGAUGAGUAGUUCUGAAUGUCAGUUUAUCUAAAAGGCUGAAACUUUAUUGUUCCACAGCCAGUGUGACCAAGACAGGAUGAAACUGAGAAGACAUCUCAAUCCUCCAAUCUUCUGCAGCUUUCUGAUAUUGCCAACGACUGCUCCUCAAAACAUAAAAUGUUUGUACAAAGUCUAUAAGUGCAUAUAUUCAGCUUGCUUGAACUUUUAAAUAAAGGUA